UUGGAAGCUCAGGCUUUGAUGUGUGUCUGUGUCUGUGUGUGCGAAAAUCAGCUGUCGACGUUGCUGCAAAUGGAAUGCAAAUUUCAAUAUUAAAUUCAUCGCACCUCGGCCCUGGGCGUGUGUGUGUCAUAUGCAAGGUGUAGAUGACGUGAAUGAGCACUUACUGUACUGUGCAGUGAUAAGAGCAAGAAAAACCACACGCUCGUCGCGUCGAGCGUACUGCAAGCAAACGAAUGGCCAAGGACGACAGUCACUGUAGCACCGUGAUAUAAUAGAAAAGUGUACUAAACACCAAUAAACGGCAAUUGAAGUGGCCAAGAAGUGUGGAGUGUCAAAAUCGGCGCUGACCUCUUUAGUCGCAUGCAAAAAAGGCACAGAGAGGCACCCAACCCAUUCGGUCGGUGUCUGAUGCAUUUGCGUCUCGAGCCAGCCAAGAAACACGGGAACAAUAUAUAUCUACAUCGAGUGUGUGUUUGUGUCUGUGUGUAUGGGUGUAUGUUCCGACUCAUUGGUGUGCCGAUUGCUGGAGGAAGAGCACAUACACCGCGCAUCGUAUGUAAAUGAGUGGUAAAAAAUGAGCCGGCUAAACAAUAAUGGGCCGGUGGAGCCGGUGGUGGGAUUUAGGCUUGCGCUCCAUCCAAACUGUUCAAACGGUAACGACACGAACGAGACCGGCUCGUCCGCGCCCGAGCUACAUGUGCAUCUGAUCGGCGCCCGCCACUUGCCGACCAGUUUCGGGCUGAAAAGUGUGGAAGGUUUCAUGGUGAAGGUGAAGCUGUUCCCGGGCGCGAUCAAGUUCGACUCCACCAUCCAGAGCAAUUCGUGGCCCGAGUUCAAUGAAACGUUUCGAUUUCCGCUGGUCACCACGCACAAGUCUUCGUUUCGCGUGAAAAAGAACGAUAAACAGAAGGACAACAACGCAACGCUAUCGCUUCCGGAGAAGAUUUUCAACGGGAACUUUGUCGUCUUUACCGUGUUCGCCCUGCUGGAGCUUCCACCGGGGUACACGUCGUCGCUCAAAAGCAAAACGAUGACCUUCAUCCGGCAGGGCAGCCAGCGGUUGAAGGAUAAGCCGGUGAUCGGGAAGCUGGUCAAGGAUAUCGAGCCGGCCACGGAGCGGAACGCUAACUUUGACCAGAAGCAAAACCUGAAGCGGCUUACCACGAGCGAAAGCCAGCGCAACAUCGGCUCGGUAACGUACUUUCUCGAUCCGAAGUGCUUCGUCGGCGGUGAAAAGACGGGCAGCCGGAAGCAUCCGCUCGACUUUGCCACCGAGGAGCUGUGGCUGCCGAUCAAAGACAUCACCGUCACACCGUCGGCAGAAUCGCGUAUCACCGUUCAAAGCAGUCCCCGGGGCCAGGUGGAGGUGACGCUGCAGCUGUGCGAUUACACUGAGGUGCACAUCGACGCGAAGAGUUCGUCCCGGGAGGAUUGCAGCUUCAACAUCGACGGACCGUACUCGUCCCCGCCGACCUCGCCGCUGUCCUGCUCGUCCGGCAGCCCGGCGGCACCGUUCGAGAUGCGGCGCGGCUACUCGAACGGGUCGCCCGUGCCCGUCUCGAACGCGCACAAGAAUCGCUUCAGCUUUGACGUGCGCAAGAUCGUGCGGAGCGUCAAGAACAAGGACAAAAACCAUAAGGGGCUGUGCCUGAAGAUCUCGGUCGCGAAGAUGCGCUGCGGCAUCAAGGUGAAGGAGGAGUUUGAGUCGGUCGCGGAAAAGGUCUACCUGAAGACGACCGUGCUGGAGCAUCAGAUACUGGCGGCGAGCUGGAAGUCGGACCCGUUCCGGCCGGCCCUGUCGAGCCGCUGGAACGUGGACGACUGUACGGUGGUGGUGCCGCUCUGCGGCGAGGCGGGGCUGGACAAUCUUUCGAUUAAAGUUGCGCUGGCGGCGAAAAGCAAGGUGGGCAAAAAGACGCGCCUGGGGACGGUGUUUUUGGGCCCGAAGGCGCGCCAAUCCAACCCGGCCAUGGAGGACCAGUGGCGCAAGAUGAUCAUGUACAAGGGAUCGCCGAUAUCGGUUUGGCACAGCUUCGAGUAGGACGGUUGAACGGGGGAAUGUGGGGGGGUGAAAUGGGAUUUGCGGCCAUAUGUUUGUAAAUAUACUGCACGGAAUGAUGAUACUUUUAUGUGUACGACUUAUGAAUUUGGAAUAAAUAUUUAUUGCGUGUCUUUUAGAAGAGAA